AUGAAUGGAGUGUAUGCGUUGAAGGAGGUAACACUGGCCCAGUACCGAUCAGAGGCGCAAAGGUUACUAAAAUACUUUGCGGAUGCAACCAUAACCCAUGUUGGUCGCAACAACAACAAACACGCUGAUUGUUUGGCCACACUAGCAUCCAAAUUGCGAAGGUUUGGAAGAAACCCUGGCGGUGAAGAGGAUAUCGGUAGAAUCAACAUGGCUUUCACAAUGCAAAGACACUGGAACCGACGAUUGGCGGACUCCGAUCAUUCAAGAUCUCAACAGCUCGCUUUCUCAAGGGAAGGUCAGUCUCAAAACCCUACAGAACUUCUUUAUGCUUCACGUCCAAUGCCAUUUUAUGGCUGGGGACUUGACAUUAUUGGGAAAAUCAAUCCGCCGUCAUCGAAGCAGCACGAGUAUAUCAUAACCGCAACAGAAUAUUUCACCAAAUGGGUUGAGGCUAUUCCUCUACGAGGGACUACAGGAGCAACGAUUGCGGCUUUCAUUGAAGAAUACAUCAUUUGUCGUUUUGGUGUGCCUAAACAUAUUAUGACUGAUAACGGCACCCCCUUCGCCAACAAACAGGUACGAGAGCUGCUGGAAGAAUAUGGGAUUAAACAGGUCUUCUCCAUCAUUUACUAUCCUCAAGGAAACAUACAGGCUGAAAGCACCAACAAAAUAUUAAUUCGGAUUCUCAGUCGAAAAAUACAUGACAACCCCAGAGAGUGGCACGAACAGCUACCAAUGGCGCUAUGGGCGUAUCGGACGUCACCUAGGAGUUUCAUUGGGGUUUCUCCAUAUUCACUUGUUUACGGUGCAGACGCGAUCCUCCCAGCAGAAAUCAAGAUCCCAUCAGCCAGGAUUGCAGCAGCAAGUGGGGUCCACUGGAACGAGGUUGAAGCAUCUAACUCAAGAAUCGCUGAGUUAGACACUCUGGAUUCCAGAAGAAGCAAGGAAGAGGAGCGUACUCAGGUGUACAGAAAUAGGAUCUCCAGGGCGUAUGACAAGACUGUGAAGCCACGUGUUUUUAAAGUAGGAGAUUUAGUCUUGGAAACGUCCAAGCACAUUCAGCAAGACAUAAUGUUCGAAAAGAAAGUUGACAAUAAGGAAGCAUGGCUUAGAAGAGUCCAUCCAGCAGAUUGUAGUCCCUUGAGAGCAUCAUCUUCAGCCUAG